AUGAGUAAAGUUGGAGAGAGGCCGCAUGAGUGCUCUGAGUGCCAGAAGAGUUUUGCUUCUAAGUCAAGACUAAAGGUUCACCUUAGGAUUCACACUGGAGAGAAACCAUUUUUAUGUUUAAAAUGUGGCAAGUGCUUCUCAGAAAGGUCUACUCUUGCUAAACACCAGAAGAUUCACACAGGAGAGAAAUCAUUUAUAUGUUCAGAAUGUGGCAAGUGUUUCUCACAUAAUUCUACUCUUGCUCAACACCAGAGGAUCCACACAGGAGAGAAACCAUUCAAAUGUCCAGAAUGUGGAAGGUGCUUCUCACAAAUUUCUAGUCUUAUUUUACACCAGAAUAUUCACACAGGAGAGAAACCAUUCAAAUGUUCAGAAUGUGGAAAGUGCUUUUCACAUAAUUCUACUCUUGCUCAACACCAGAGGACUCACACAGGAGAGAAAUUAUUUCAAUGUUCAGAAUGUGGCAAGUGCUUCUCAAAACGUUCUAAUCUUAUUUCACACCAGAAGACUCACACUGGAGAGAAACCAUUUCAAUGUUCAGAAUGUGGAAAGUGCUUUUCAAAAAGUUCUCAUCUAACUUUACACCAGAGGAUUCACACAGGAGAGAAACCAUAUAAAUGUUCAGAAUGUGGAAAGUGUUUCUCACAAAGUUCACAUCUUACUGAGCACCACAAGACUCACACAAGAGAGAAACCAUUUGCAUGUUCAGAAUGUGGCAAGUGUUUCCCACAUAAGUCUACUCUUACUAAACACCAGAGGAUCCACACAGGAGAAAAACCAUUCCAAUGUUCAGAAUGUGACAAGUGCUUCUCAGACAGUUCUAAUCUUACUACUCACCAGAAGAUUCACAGAGGAAAAAAAAAUUUAAAUGCUUAG